AUUCAUUUGCCCGCGCGUGCGUCAGGGUGUCAAGUUCGAAGACGCCGUGGUGCAGCGUUUCCCGGCGGCCACCGACCUCGUCAGCCGCCUCCUCACCUACUACCCCAACGACAGACUGUCCUCAGGUAGGUCGCACAGAGAGAGGAGUUCUGCCACCUGGGUGCCUUGCGAGACAUUUCCGGUGUCAUGUGUGUGUAUGUGUGUGUUGUGUCAGCUCAAGAGGCGUUAGAUCACCCAUGGUUUGGGCCGUCCUUCUUGGGCCGCCCCUACCCCCUCACCAUGCCAACCAUGUCGCCCCAUCAGGCCAUGAGCCAGCCUGCAGCCCCUGGCCAGCAGCAGGGCAGCGCCAACAGCCCAUCGCACAUGCACAAUCCCACUGGUGGUCCCUUGUUGCCCAUGCCACCCAUGACGCCCACCGGCAGCUCCCCUGUGCACAACCCAUUCGCCCACGUGUCGCCGAACGCAUCGCCAUCCCCGCUGACACCGCGAGCACAGUCGCUGGAGCUGCCCCACGACGGCCACCCCGUCCACCCACAUCGGCAGCCAGUAAGCAGAUGAGAUACGCACACCCACACAAAAGACUUGGGGGCGGAGAUCAUUUGGAAUGUGUUGUGACUUCGUGUGUGUCUGUGAGUGUCCGAUGCAGGCCCUGACAGUUGAGGUGGGGAACCAUGCGUCCAAUCAGAGCCAGGGCAGCUCACCCACCCCGCAGCCCAGCCCCACUCACCAGCAGCAACGCCACAACACAUCCGGGAGCGACAGUGCGGAGGGCCUCAUCUCGCCCAACGCCAUCAGCCGUCUGGACCAGGCCAUCAGACACACCGUGGAUGUUGACUUGGGUGGGGAGGGGCUGGUGUCCAUGGGGCUGGUCGGCAUGGGCCAUGAGGGUGGUGACGACGGGCGGGCAAUGGACAUGGACGGGGCAGAUGGCCGCUCCUUCACCGACGCACACAGCAACCUGGGAGCCGGCACUGCUGGUAAGUCAGGCCUGCAAGGCACCAGAGCACGUCGCACCACGACCAUAGGAGUGAGUGUCAUGCAUUUACGUGUCUGUCGUGAUUGAUGCUCUUCAGAGUUCAUGAGUGCAGUGCCCUCGCACUCCACUGGCCCCGCUGAUGUGACCAACUUCAACAGCGCGCCGCACAUCUGGGGACAGCAAGGUAGAUAGACUGACUCCCCGGCACACACCAAGAGAGUCUCGUGUUCUCAAUUCGUGUAUGUAUUUCCCUGCCUCGUUCGUUCCAUCAGCUCGUGGGUUGGUGAGCCCGACGCUCGGUCACGGCAGCAUGACGGUGGGCAGCAGCGGAUCGGCGCCCUUCGGCUCAUCUCACGUGGCCACCCUCCCACUGCCCCCCGCACCGCAGCCCCUAUCGCCCGGCAUCACACAGCUGGGCCCCCACAUCCAGGGCAACGGCAGUGGGGGUAUCCUGUCGGCAUGGGAGGACUCUCGGCCACAGACCAUCACCGCGCUGCAGAUGACCGGGGCCGCCGGGCAGCAGCAGCAGGACUCGUUCGCGUUGCCUCCGUCCUCUCUAUCGCUCAUGGAUGAGGGGCAGGGUGCCAGUGGGGCGGGGCGGGGGCAGGGACAGGAUGCGUCUAGCGGCAGCACUGGCACAGGUGGGUGGGUCUGAGGGUUGGCUUGGUGGUGCUCACUCACGUGUCUCGCUCGUGUCUCGUUCUUAUCGAGCAGGUGGCGCCAAGUUGGUUCCUAUUGGUCGCAGUCGGCAGGCGGGGGGUGGUGGUGCCGGGCCUCAGGCGAAUCCCAACCAGGGUUAUCACACAACAUACAGAUACAGACACUGCACCACACGCAAACUCAAUGAAUGGCUCAUAUGUUUGUUUCGUCCGAUGGGUCCGUGUGGGGCUCGCUCGGCUGCAUGUGGAUCAGACGCCUUGGCUGGCGGGCAGGGGCAGGACGCAGGGGACGCCAGCCAGCAUAGACACAGCCACCAAGGUACAGCUUUACUUACAGACACACAGAAAUCCACCCCCACUUAGUUGAUUGAUGGCAUUGCACUCGGUGUACCUUACUUAUUCUCUUCUCAUAUGCUUGUUCGUUCGAUCAGUUGUCGACACCACUGACCACCCUGCAUCACCAGAUGGAUCGUCUCGCUUCUUCCCGCUAGGGCCCCACCCGCCCGUGGCGCCGCUUGAGGAGCCCGUCGUGUUUGAGGAGGAAAUGGAGUUCAGCCCCGACCACACCCACCCACCACGCACCCACCAGGACGACGCUACCAUGACCAACGCGCAGCAGCACCAGCCUCAGCAGCACCAGGGCGGGUGCGACCGGCUGUUCGGGCUGCAGCAGAUGUUCGGUCUCAUGACGGGCGGCGCCGAACGGACCGCACCGCCCCCACACAACACUGGACCCAUCACUGCAGGUCAGGCCCUGUCCUGUCCGUGUGGCCAAAGAACACAUACAUCACAUCGUGGAAGCCUUGGUGACUCACCAUCUUGUGGUGUGUGUUUUGGAUGCAUGGAUGGAUGGAUGGGUGGAUGCAGCCAUGCGGGGAUGGGGUAUUGGUAUCGACGGGAUGGGUUUCGCCAUGCAGGCUGGCGACACGCGAGAGAUCGAGAGGGGGGCUGGCGGCUGGGGCGGUGACCGGCGCCGCAGCGCCACAUCGGAUGAAGCACCGGCACAUGGCGGAGGAAGGUCCGGCGGACAGGCCCGCCAAAGUAAGCGGCCAUGCAGAGAGAAACACCGGACACCAGCCGCCAUCUGCCACUGUCUGUCGUUGUCUUGCACAUUGUCAUGUCGUCCUUAUCUAUCAGGUCCCUGGCUGUCUCUCUGUGGCGUGCCUCGCCCCAACCAGAACCAUCCCUUCGAGGAGCUCCACGAGUACAACCCCAGUGCAGGACCUUCCGCAUCCUACAUCCAGCAGCACCUCCAACAGCACCAUCAGCAACACCAGCACCAGCAGCAGAGCACCAUCCUGCUGCCCCCAUUCCUGAACAAUGACACCAACACCGACCACCCCAGUCCAUCGCUCAACGCCCCGGCCACCUUUCACCAUGGCGGCCCCAGCAGCUCGCCCAACAGUCCACCCCACCCCACACCGGCAUACGCAGAGGACAAGACCAACCGCCAUCCGUCUGCUCCCGUCACGCCCCCAGGUCGGUCGGGCAGGCGGGGUGGUUUGGGGCCGAUCGGCUUCUCGUUCCCGAGAUGGACCGCCGGCCGAACCACACCACCCCCUGCGCAGUCGGUGUCUACCCAGGACGGCCAGAGCCCCAACUCACAGCAUACCUCGGGACCAACGUCGAGCGCACAGCCGAGGGGGGCCACAACACAGGGGCAGAGAGACCGCCGCCAGUGA